UAAUUCUCCCAUUUUCGCUUCUCGGUUCUUCUGUUUCUCUCUCUUCUUUCAUUCCCCCGACGGUUUCCAAGCAAAACCCAAAGCUACCGUCUUUACAACAGCCUCGAACCCCUAAUCAGAAAACCCAAUUCCUGUUGAUGUUUUCCGAGUUGAUUGAUAUUGAAGAUGACCCAACCAUCGGUGAUCCUCGCAACGGCUAGCUAUGAUCACACUAUUCGAUUCUGGGAAGCCAAAAGCGGCCGAUGCUACCGUACUAUUCAGUACCCAGAAUCUCAAGUUAAUCGUCUCGAAAUAACGCCAGACAAAAGGUUCCUGGCUGCAGCUGGAAAUCCCCACAUUCGAUUGUUUGACAUUAAUUCAAACAGUAAUCAGCCGGUGAUAAGCUAUGAUGCACAUACUAAUAAUGUAAUGGCGGUGGGGUUUCAAUGUGAUGGAAAGUGGAUGUAUUCUGGUUCUGAAGAUGGCACAGUAAGGAUCUGGGACUUGAGAGCUCCAGGUUGUAUGAGGGAAUAUGAAAGUCGAGCAGCUGUCAACACUGUUGUUUUACAUCCAAAUCAGACUGAGCUGAUAUCAGGGGAUCAGAAUGGUAAUAUUCGCGUAUGGGAUUUGACUGCAAACUCUUGCAGCUGUGAGCUGGUGCCAGAGGUGGAUACAGCUGUAAGGUCAUUAACAGUGAUGUGGGAUGGGAGCUUAGUUGUUGCUGCCAACAACCGUGGAACGUGUUAUGUUUGGCGUUUAUUACAAGGAACACAGAAAAUGUUUAUUGAACUGCAGACUAUGACCAACUUUGAGCCGCUUCAUAAGCUACAUGCACAUGAUGGCUACAUCCUGAAAUGUCUCCUGUCUCCCGAAUUUUCUGAGCCCAGCCGGUAUCUUGCUACUGCAUCUUCAGACCACACAGUCAAGAUAUGGAACGUAGGUGAUUUUUCCUUGGAUAAAACUCUAGUAGGGCACCAACGCUGGGUGUGGGACUGUGUUUUCUCAGUGGAUGGUGCUUAUCUCAUCACAGCUUCUUCUGAUACAACAGCAAGACUUUGGUCCAUGUCCAGUGGGGAAGAUAUUAAAGUGUAUCAAGGCCAUCACAAGGCAACCAUUUGCUGUGCUCUUCAUGACGGAGCUGAACAUUCUCCCAACUGAUUAUGGAAUUGGGCAUCUAUACCCAUGGCUUUCCUGGAUCGAUCGGGUGCCAUUUUGGGGUUCUGCUGCUUGUUCAUCGCUUGUUUGCUGAUGCAACCAACGACAAAAGUUUGGUUUAUCUGAUGCUGUUUUUCUCCGUUCUGUUUUCAUGUUCAAAUUUGUACAUGUUUUUCGGGUUUUAGAAAUGAUGGCAGUUUAAGAUUUAACAUUUGUUAGUACCUUGUUUGUGUUGUUUCUGAAACCCAGAAUGCAAUAUAGAAGUCUGCUUCCAAUUGGCUGUUCUACGCA